AUGGUCAACACCAAUCCGGGCGUCAACCCCCUCAACCACCCCAUGGUCCAGCAGGAGGUGGACAAAGAAGAUGCCAUCGACACCUUUAUCGCUUUUCUCGAGCAGGACCCCUACGCCGACUCGUACACCACCAAGCUCGCCAACGCUCUCCAGGACAUUGCCGUCAAGUACAAGGAGCUUGCUGACGACGGCGGCAUCUGGCACGAGUACUUUGAGCUGACUCUCGACAAGUUCUUGUGGGACUUGCCCAAGACUCGCGAGGAGCUGUACGAAGUAGUCAGAAAACUCACCGAGGUGGAUGUCGUCCACGAGGCUGCCAUUCGCGGAGUGCAGGUUCAGGUUGUUCCCAAGUCUCGGGACCAGGCUACCUCUACUUCUAGCUCUACCUCUACCUCUGCGGAUGCUCAAGUCGACGCGAUUGCGAAGAGAAUCGCCGAGUACCUCCUGGCCGAUGGCAACAAUGCUGGAGGCCGUAAGGUCGAGGGCGAGAAUGCGACCAUCUUCAGACUUGAGAGCGACGACACUCCUUGCACGAUUCGCGUUUACUCUGGUGAUGGUACCGGUCCUGCCAUCUUGACGGUCAAAGUCCACAAGGAGAACGGUGCUGCAAAGCCGUCUGAGUUGCCUACCUGUGCACCCUCAAAGUUGAGCACGUUGCCGACAGAUGCUGAGAAAGGCUUGGGUGAGCAUACCGGCAUUUCUGCACCUCGGGAUGCCUUGUCGCCGUCUUUGAAGAACGCUUCUUCGUUGUACUGCGCGACUUCCCAUUGCCCCCGUCACUCCCGCGAUCAACUUGGUUUGAGCUUCGGCAAGAUGGUAAACGAAGAAGUCGACAAGAGACAAGAAGCGGCAGAUGAGUUUGCCACGUAUCUCACCGAGGAUACCUUUGACCUAAAGUGUGAUUGGGAGCGCGAAAUUUCGAUUCCUCUCAAGGACUUGGCAGUCAAGUACGGCGAGCUUUCGCCAUGUGUAGAGGGUGCAACGCAUUCAAUGGACUGGCAUAACUACUUUGUGAUGAGCCUCAAGAAGCUUUUGAGGGACUUGCCGUCAACCACCUCCGACUUGGGCAAAGCACUCGAAGCUCUCAAGCGCGAGGAAGUCGCAGCCGAUGCUCGUGCCCGCGGGGUGCACAUCCAGAUUCUCCCGGGACCUCCUACUCCUUCUCCUACCCCUGCUGACGAAUGCAUCGACGAGACCCCGGAAGCUCCAAAUCAGCAAGGGAACAACAACGCCAACGGAAAACGCCCUGCCGAGAACCAAGCUGAGGACAAGGUCACUGCCGCCACUGACGCCACUGAAGCUGAAGCCGAAGCUCAAGAUCGCCCCGCCAAACGUGUCAAGCACGACAUCGAAGCCAAGAACGCGACGACUUCGAGUGGUUUCACCGUCGAAACAGAAGGCUCUAUGUCUCUCACCCUCCGCACAUCCGAUGACACUAGCACCUCGAUUAUCAAUCUCAACGGCCACGGCCCUGCCAUCGUAACUGUCAACGUCCAGAAGAAGCACAACACCGCCUCUGCUUCUGCCAGGAACAACAACAAGGAAGCCGAGAAGGAAGGCGCAGCCUAG